GAGCGGGAAGGCCCGUGGCUGCGGUCCGCGGUUUCCUUCGGUCGCCACAGCGGUGGGCAGAGCGUGUCGGGACCGAACGGGACCAGACCGUGCAGCGGUGAGCUUUGCAGACAGCCCUCCUUAGUACGUAGCUGGUUCCGAUCGGCCCGCUGUGGGUAACGCGGGGUGAGCAGUCCUGGAUCGGGCUGUCCGCAGUCGAGGCUUAACCGGAUGAAUGAAAUGCUUGGUGGUGUACACAACGAGGAGGAAGAAACAUGGUUCUUCCCAGAAAAGGCCAAAGUCCACGCUUUCUGUAAGGACUGUAAUCCCUUGGCUUCACUGGCCAAACAUAACUCGUAUCAGUUGAUGAGGCAAGCGGUGUAGGAUUGAACUCCGAACUUCCCCCGUCUCCCAGUGACAGUUCUGACAGCAAACAGCUUGAAUGACAUGCAUUUAGUAUCUUGUUUUGAAUAUCCGAGCCUGUGUACAAGCAGUUGCCAAACUGCUAUCAAGUGAAAAACUGAACUGAGAGGCAGCUCUCCCUUUUCUACCGCAGCAUCGCCUGGGAAGCCUGGCAGGGUUGAAGCACUCGCGGAGGUGGCCAUGUUUCCUACCACCAGGAAGUGAGUGAGUGUUGCUCAAGCCCAGCAGCUAUGGCAGCCGAUGAGAGGGACUACAACCUGACGGAGGAGCAGAAGGCGGUCAAAGCCAAAUACCCACCGCUCAAUAAGAAGUACGAAUAUUUGGACCACACAGCAGAUGUGCAGCUACAUGCCUGGGGAGACACUUUGGAAGAAGCGUUUGAGCAGUGCGUUAUGGCCAUGUUUGGCUACAUGACUGAUACAGAGACCGUGGAACCUGUGGAUACAGUAGAGGUAGAGGCAGAAGGACAUGACAUGUUGUCUCUUCUUUUCCACUUCUUGGACGAGUGGCUGUAUAAAUUCAGUGCUAAUGAGUUCUUUAUACCCAGGGAGGUGAAAGUGCUUUACAUUGACCGAAUGCAAUUCAAAAUAAGAUCAAUUGGGUGGGGAGAAGAGUUCUGUUUACCCAAACACCCUCAGGGCACAGAGGUCAAAGCCAUAACUUACUCGGCAAUGCAGAUCUGUGAAGACGAAAAGCCAGAAGUCUUUGUCAUCAUUGACAUUUAAAGCAAGAAAAGUGUGAUCAAGUGGAUACUUGUCAUUGGCUGGCAAAAGUCCCUUGAAAACUGUAAUCCUUGUGGAAGUAACUAAGGAAUUGGCAAAUUCAAAUCAUAAACUGAAGGGAGUAAUUGUGGGGAAUGUCAGCCUCUUUGUUGACUUGAGGAUGGUGAGCCAGACCAAUGCCAGGAAAAAAAGAACUAGUUGGGGUUUGGGGAGUGUUGAGAAGAAGAAAGAGUGUUGUAGGGGUUGAAAGUCUCUCAGAAAUGCUGGUAGCCAUCUUUUAAGGCUGAUACAUGUGCUAGGAGCUAUACGAACUGAACAGAGAAAUUACUGGAGCUGCUAGCUAAAAUACUACUUUUUUUGUAGCAUGGCAGGAGAUAAUGUUAUUCUAUAUGAUUUCAUUUGCAGAUUUAAAUAUUCUAAUUCUGAGGUGACAUCCCUCCUCCAUAAAGGAUCCAAAAUAUCUGCAGUGGGUCGGGUUUAAUGUAGAAAAAUCUCUGACUGUUCAAAGGACACCUAAGAAAGUAUACCAAUUAAAAAAACAAACCACUACACCUUCUAGACUACUUUAAAAAAAAAAAAAGUCAUGCCAGCAGGUGGUGCUGAAUUGCUGUAAAUAAAUUUUGACAUGAAAUCCUAAAGCAUGUGACCAUGUACAUGGAAUCCUAAUAGCAUCUGUUACCACUCUAAAAGGUAGGCAGCUUUGCUGCCGCUGUAGAAGGGGAUGCACCAGAUUCUCUGCGCGUUCACUCCCAACUGUCUUGCAAAAGCUGAUUCUCUUCUUUUAAAAAGCAGACCGUUUGAAUCGGCUUCCACUUCUCCCUUUAGAAAGGACAAUACAGUCUUUUAACGUCAAAGGAUUAUGGACUUCACUGGAUCAAAAUCAAUCAAAAAUAAUCAAAAGUGUGUUUUGUUUUAGAUCGCAGGACAGCAAACGUGCGUUACCUGCUAUUGGUAUUUAAAUGUGAGAGGGGCGCAGCGAGUAAGGGACAGUUGGUGCUGGCCUGACCUGCUUUUUUAUUGUAAAUGCUACAAGUGCCUCACCUCUGGAGGUAGUGUCUCAUCUUUAUUUUGUUGUAAAGUCAUCUUAAAUAGAUCUGGUUUUAUACCCACGUUGUGAAGAUUGAGGGAUAAAAUCCCUUUUAUUUUUUGAGAAAGCGUCAAUGCUGAAAUAAAACUCGGACUGAAAGAA